UUUCUUUUGUACCGUCAAUGUGUAGUUGGCCGAAGUCAAGAAUACGUUUUUGUAGCUGUCAGUGAUUUUGCAACGGCCUGUUCUUGUAAAACUUUUGUACCCUUUUUCUUCUUUUCUCCUGUUACAUUCUUUUUUCUUUUUAAAAAAAAUGCAGAUGUAAGAAUCAGAAUUCGUUCACAUGAUAGCACAAUUUGAGUACCAAAAGAUUAACCGUCCUGACUUGUGCAGAUAUAUAUCGCCUGAAAGACAAGUGUUUGUAUACUCCUUUUGUCUCAAAUUUUCUUUUGUCACGUUCAGACGUUCUGUCAUCCAAGUCACGAGGUGGAAUUGCUGAAAACCAAGGCAGACUCGUGAUUUCCACGUUUCCGCCUUCUAUAUUUAACCAGAUGCAUUGUUUGUAUGGAGCCGUUGGGCUCGUAGUGUCUUUUUCGAUGGUGAGGACAUGCUUCCGAGAUCAUAAAUAACUUACAAGAGCCCUUACAUGGGACCCAUUUAACGUAGUACUCACAUGGACAAAACAAAUCAAAUCUAUCCCCAUCUAAUUUGAAGUCAUCGGUAGCUGAAGGGACUCGUAAUCGUCAUCAACUGCGCCAUGCCAUACUCUGCACUUUGUCGUCUACCGUUACUCAUAUGAUAAUUUCCACUCGAUCUUACUCCAAUUUUGUUGACUUUAAUCAAUUUCAUUACUUAGAAAGGCGGCCAUGAACCUGCAUCCCUCGCACGUGUCUGUCUUUUCACAUACGAAGCCUAUCAUUGAAGUAAACUUGCCAUUAUAUAGAUGAAGCAAAGCUUUCUCCUACAUGUAGCUGGUCAGUUUCCAACUCUUUCUUGGAGGUGUUUUCUUUUGUCGUAAAACCCAUACAUGGAAAGCAGUGACAAAAGCCAAGAACAAUGCCUAUACAAGGAAUGGAUGAGGUUGCAAGAACAAGAGCUCUCAGAGCUCCUCCACCAUUCCUUGAACCUCAACAACACUACUGAUACUAAUGACGCUGAAACGACUCAACUCCUUGAGAAAAUCAUACAACAUUUCCAAGAUUAUUGUGACAACCGGCGCCACCUUGCCCAUCGCCAUGUCUCAGCUUUCUUCUCCCCGAGCUGGUGCACCACUUUGGAGAAUUCAAUGUCUUGGAUAGCUGGCUGCAGGCCUUCUUCAUUUUUCAACCUCGUUUAUGCACUCUGUGGAUCAAAUAUCGAUUCCAGUCUCUCACAAUUUCUCCAAGAUGGCAACAGUGACUUCCCCAAGUUUUCUGCUUCCCAACUUUCUGCAAUUGACAAACUACAAAGAAGAACAACGAUUGAGGAAGAAAUGCUAACAGCUCAGAUGGCUAGCUUGCAGCAGGACAUGACUGACAUGCCGUUGGCACUGAUAGCACGAGAAUUGAGCCCAAGAAACGAACUCAAUCUUGAUGUUCAAAAGCGGCUUGGGAAAUUUGAACAGGCCAUGCGUUCUGCUAUGAAUGAUGCUGAUAACUUGAGGAUUAACACAGUGAAGGAACUGUUCAAGAUACUCAAACCCGUGCAAGCUCUGGAGUAUAUAAUUGCUGCCAAAAAGCUUCGCCUUUGCAUCCAAUCGUGGGGAAUAGAGAAAGACCGCGAGCAUGGUGGGGACUAGGAAUUCAACUACAGAAAUGCUGAUGUUGAAGAGCCCUUUCAGUGGUGGUGUUUCUUCUUGUUGUUGUCUGUGUGGAAUGUGAUCAAAACAUUUGGUGGUUCUUGUUUUGUAACAGUUUAUGUUCUGUAGAGAUUUAACUGUCUUAGCAGCUAGCUGCUGUUGGCUUUUCUCUUUAAUCUACUAAAUGUUGAUCUAAAGAAAACAUCAGUUAAACAGUAAGUUUUGAGGUUA